AUGCCGGAAGUUGCAGUCUUGGAUAUGAGGCGUCAGUCCUUUACGACGCAUCCCCAAGAGUGGCUCGGAUCCAAACAUUACGAGGUCGUCCAGCUACCGCGAUGGAGAGCCAGCAAGGACGUUCGUUUGCCUAGCAAAAGUGGCAACGGCGAGUAUAUUGCCACCGUACAUACUUGGAAGCUGGGUCUUGGGUACAACAUGAAUCGAUUCAUGGGGCAAUCCAAGCAGCUGUAUGUUCUCACGAAAUGA